UUCUCGGACUCAGAAUCAGAGCAUAUAUAAUAUGACAGGCAAUCAAAAAGCCACCCAUAGAUCCAACCACCGUGCCAAGAUGGUGGCUGUGGGCCCGGCGCGUAUUCAACCUCUCAGCGAGCACAGAACAUCUUAGUUUAAAGACUCGAGAUGUCACAACUGCCCGGUAGCGCUGGGCUGUCAUUCGAGCCGCUCCUGCAGCGUGGCUGUUCGCCUGUCACAUCGUCACACCCAAUCAGUCGUCCAUUGCCUGGUGGCAAGGCAGAUCCUUGUCACGAAUGGCUACGGGCAUAUAUCUCUGGGUCUGUUUCCGGGGGAAGAUAUGCAAAGGAUGCAGGUAUCGCUGCGAUUCCGAUGUGAUAGAGAGUUACUCUCCCGAAGAAUACUUAAGUGGUUGAUCUCUGCGAGGGUAGUACGAGAACUUUUAUUUCUGCUUCCGUCUCUCACUACUGCUGGACCGGCGGCUGGUCGAGUUGAGAGCCGGUCGUAUCCUCCUCUGGAACCCCUCGAUAAACCGUUGCUGGCCAUCCAGGUGGGCUGCAUCGUCGGGGCGUACCUGAUCUCGGUUGUUUUUCUCUUGACGCUAUUUGUCUUCGUGGGCCGUCGGUUACGCAGAGCAGUGCAGGCAUCCAACUAUUCGCUUCAGGUGGAAAUGAUGACGCCGUUGAAACCCUCGUUCGCCGUGAAUACCAACCCGGUUGGCACUCAGGCGACCCAGCCUAGUACCGUCAGCCCUAGCCGCACCAGUGCUUUCACCGGCUCGUUUAGUAGUCUGGUAAAGGGCCACAAGCACCAGAACUCAGGCAACACCAGCGUGGUCACCAUAGAUGAGACGGUGGUCGCGUCGGACCGGCGUCGGGCACAGGAUGAGAUGGAGAAGCUGUACGCGGCGGUGAUGGAGCACGACGAGCUCAAGGCUGCCGGCCUGGUCGAUACCAGUCCAGUCUCCUACGCAGCCCCGUCCCCGUCCCUGAGAGAAGAGGAGCCAACCACCCCGCCUCUCCCAUCUCCCCGUUCUGCCUCCUCUCGUCGCUCCAGGAUGUCUCCGCUGUCGCUCUUCAGCUCGUCGGGACGACCAGGCAAUCCGGUGAGCUCCGACAAGCUCCACUCCCCCCGCUCCAUCCGCAAGUUGCCCAUCAUCUCGCCGCCGUUCCGCUCGCCGGUGGGUUCGACGCAUGAUGAAGAACACAUCCCGCUCAGCCCUCGGAUGUACAAACCGGGCCCGCCGCCGCCGGCGCCUAAGGCUGUUAGCUGGGCCAAGCCCUCGCCGCGCCCCAGUGAACGGGCGCCAGCGCCAGCCCCCCUCAACCUGAGCGCGGGCAGUCAGCCCGGGUCAACCCCCUCGUUGCCCCUCCGCGAGGCAUACCCGCCAUCGAGCGCGCCCGCGACCAAGACGACCAUCCUCGAGCGACCGGAGAACCUGCAGCGGAUGGGAGGACCUCGGACGGGACUGGCAACGCCAUAUAGUCCGUACAUGCCCUUCACGCCAGUGACGCCGAUCACCCCGAGUCACAUCGUGACCAAGCGGCAGCGUCGCCAAGAGGGGCGAGAGAAAGGGCUGCAGGUGCUUCUGGAGGACGACAUGGUCAAGGCGAGCGAUGAUAUGUGGGGAUAUUAGCAUUUUUUCUUUCUUCUUCUUUCUUCUAUACCCUGGACACGCAACUUACUACAUAACUUU